AUGAAAAGAAAUGGAUUUGAAAGACCAUAUCAUGUGCUACAAAUUUUGUCUUGAAUACUGCUGUUUUGCUUUUCAGGAAUUUUUUAUUUUAUAAUGAUCCCUCAGCUUUCUGGGGCAGGAGUAAUAGUAACAUCAGCAUUUUAUACUGUUUUUUUAAUUUCUGCAGUAGUUUCAGCUUAUUUAACUACAAAAUGCGAUCCAACUGAUAAGCUGGUAAAAGUUCAGCUUGAAGGUACUCCUGUAGAACCAUCAGAGUUUAUAUGUACACUAUGCAAAUGUUUUGUAACACUAGGUAGCAAGCACUGCGCGAGAUGCUGCAGGUGCGUUUAUAAGUUUGACCAUCAUUGCAAAUGGGUGAAUAACUGCAUUGGAAAAGAAAAUUAUAAUGAAUUCUUGUGAUUGCUGUUUUCGUGCAUAAUGCUUACAUUGUGCGGGAUGGUAACAGGAAAUUAUAUAUGGAUAAGUUUAGUUGUCAAUGGUCCUACAGAUGAAGCAAAGGACUGGCUUAAGCUGAACUGGGUAUACCCUAGGAUAAUGUCUUACUAAUGAAGCAACACAAAUAAAGUUGACGAACUAACUUGGAAGUUGGCAAAUGCUUUGUAUUAGCUUAUAUUUACUAAUUGGAUCAUUAACCACCAACUCAGUAAGCUAGCAGGCAAUUCUCUACAAGAAGAUCCAUUAUUGUUAAAUUCUAAUCAUCUGUGAAAAAAUUUCUAUCCUUCGAAGAUCCAUAAUUGGUCCUUACUCCCCCCCCCCCCUCCGUGAGCGAACAAAACCAUUAGAAAAAUCGCCAUUUUUUGACCAAAAACCCACCCUCCGUGAGUGAACAAAAAUUUUUUUAAUAGAAAAAAUUUUAAUGGAAAAAAAUUUUGAUAUAUAAGUGAUAAUUAGUAUAAUGAAAUCUAGAGCUAAUUCUGUUUAAUUUUAAACAAAUUGCGUUUUAAAACAUAAAUUUUGCAAAUUAAAUUAAUAUUUGCUUCCAAAUUUUUGCAAAUUAGGAUUUUUUUAAAUUUCGAAAAAAAAUAUUUUUUAUAAAAUUUAUAUAUAAAUUUUUUUUAAAAAAAAAAAAUUAACCCCCCUCCGUGAGCGAACAAAAUUUUUUUGUUCGCUCACGGAGGGGGGGGGGGGAGUUAGGUAUAUCCAAAAACUUUUUAUUAGCAGGUUUAUUAGUAUGCUCAUUAAUAACAACAGCUGUAUUUUUCUUAUUAAGCUACCUUAUGAUGUUUCACAUAUAUUUGAUAUGCAAAGGCCAAACGACCUAUGAGUUUGUGCUGGAGAAACGAAAAAUGAAGAUUGAGCCUAAAAGAGAGGUAACGACGACUUUAGAUACAACGACUGAUUUAUUGAGGACUCUUUCGAAUAAAAUUGUGAUUACGGAGAAUAACUCUUUUGAAAUUAGAGAAGAAAUUAGUGAAAGAAUGCCACGUGCUAGGGCUAGCACUCCUGAAUUUAAUUAUGAGAAUGUUUAA